GCGGCCCGCCGCCCCCCCAGCCCUCAGCCCCUCGCCCGCCGCCGCCUCUUCAAUGGGCAACCUGCUCGGCGGGGUCAGCUUCCGCGAGCCCACCACCGUGGAGGACUGCGAUUCCACCUGGCAGACGGACUCAGAACCCGAGCCUGAGGAGACGGGGUCGGGCGGCGGCGAGGGCCCGGGGCAGGAGCCCGAGGAGCCCGCGCAGUCCCCGGAGCGAGCGGACGGGAGGUCCCGCGCCAGCCCCGCGCCUGACGAAGACGCAGAGGCGGCGGGAGCCGAGCAGGGUAGUGAUUCUACUGAAGCCACUGUCAAGCCAAAGAGAAGUUUCUAUGCUGCAAGGGAUUUGUACAAAUACCGACAUCAAUACCCGCAGAAUUUCAAAGAUAUUCGAUACCAAAAUGACUUGAGCAAUCUUCGUUUUUAUAAGAAUAAAAUUCCAUUUAAGCCAGAUGGUGUUUACAUUGAAGAAGUUCUAAAUAAAUGGAAAGGAGAUUAUGAAAAACUGGAGCACAACCAUACUUACAUUCAAUGGCUUUUUCCCCUGAGAGAACAAGGUUUGAACUUCUAUGCAAAAGAACUAACUACAUAUGAAAUUGAGGAAUUCAAAAAAACAAAAGAAGCAAUUAGAAGAUUCCUUCUGGCUUAUAAAAUGAUGCUAGAAUUUUUUGGAAUAAAACUGAUUGAUAAGACUGGAAACGUUGCUCGGGCAGUUAACUGGCAGGAAAGAUUUCAGCAUCUCAAUGAGUCUCAGCACAACUAUUUAAGAAUCACUCGUAUUCUUAAAAGCCUUGGUGAGCUUGGGUAUGAAAGUUUUAAGUCUCCUCUUGUAAAAUUUAUUCUUCACGAGGCUCUUGUGGAAAAUACUAUUCCCAAUAUUAAGCAGAGUGCUCUGGAGUAUUUUGUGUACACAAUUAGAGACAGGAGAGAAAGGAGGAAGCUCCUGAGGUUUGCCCAGAAACAUUAUACACCUUCAGAGAAUUUUAUCUGGGGACCACCUAGGAAGGAACCCUCAGAAGGAAGCAAAGGACAGAAGAUGCCUGCCCCUCCUGCCUCCAGUCAUAACAGUCAGACUUCCGCACACAAAAAAUCUAAGGACUCCAAAAGCUCUUCCUCGUCUGCUUGUGUGAGUAGCAAAACAGCGGAUGAAAAGAAGGUGACAUCUCAGGAGCCUGAGGAAGAAGCAGGUAAGCCCAGCUCAGAGACCAGCAGUGAAGUUACCAAGCCAAGAAACACAGAUAAGGACAGUCAGGGCGAAAACUCAAACUCACAGCCCGAAAACACAGUUACUGAUCCCACAGACCAGAGGGAGAGUGCAGCUCCUGAGAAAGAAGAAGGAGAAAAUCAUAACAAAGACCUUGAAAAUCCUGGAAAUACAAGUUGUCAUGAUGACGCACCAACACAAUGAACUAUCAGAAAGCCUACGAAUCAGUGUAGGUAAGGGACGAAAAAAUAUGUGUAGUAUGGAAUUUUCCCCAUAGAACACAGAUGAGGUCACAUUUCAGAUUUUAACCAUCUGUUUGUGAUUUUUGUUGGAAGCAUUGUGUUGCUUGGUUUCUUAAAAAUUUUGAACGAUACUGAAUUGGAUAUUAAGUUUUAACACAAGAUCCAAUAAAUGAAUAUAUUCUGUAAUGCUAUUAGGAUGUGAGUUUUUAAAAUCUGUAUAUAAUUACUUUUAAAUUAGUUUCAGGGUAUCUAAAUAAUCAUGUGAUAUGUGAUAGAUCAAAUGUUCUUUCAAGAAAUAACAGAUGCCAUAAAGAGCGCCAAGAGACAAGUUUCAUGUGUUGUCAUACCCGAUUAACUGAUUAAUUCUCUUAAGCUCCAAGAAAGUUUGGUUUUCACAGAUGCUUCUGGAAAGUAGUUGGGGUUCUUCAGUGAUAACACCUUAACAUGUUUAUUUUUGGGUUCUGAUGAUGAGGUGGACGCUCUUGGGAAGCUCUGACCUCCUGGCUCAUCUGACAGUGUUACUGUCCUUUCCUUUUUCCUUCUCUUCAUGCGCAUGCCUGAGCCGCCAUCUCCGCCAGCCAUCACGUGCAUUUCCAGUGUCCAUUAGGAUCCUCUCCUGUCGUGAAAUCUAAGUGGAACAGAGAGGUCUGUUAACUGUAUGCUUUCAAAAUCUUGCUUUGUUUAAAAUAGCGGUAAUGUUCUUUUCUUAGUGCUUAGAAACAAAUUCUGAUGCAAAAAUCCAGGGAAGAAACUUUGCUUUUUGUGGCUCAACACUACAAAUUUGUGGUUGAUUUUUGAGUGCUAAUAACUAAAAAAUGAAAAACCAAGAAAAGAAAUUCACUUUUAAGAGGCAUGCUUCUUACACUGUCAGGGAGACAAUAAUUCCUUUAACCAUGAAUAUUCUGGUGUUUUGUGAAUUAUGAAAUUAAUUAUAUUUAACCCACAAUUAUAUCUCUUUUAUACAUGCAUGUAUGCACACACACACACACACACACACACACACACAUAUAUAAUUUGAUGUAUUUCUAAACUUUUUGAAAUUUGGGGACAGAGUUGAAGUCCCAUAAAAUCAGCUCUAUCGAGGCCUUAACAUGUUAUAAAGCAUUGGUUAAGGACAAAUAAUUUUAUCUCCUAUAGUGUUAUGGCAAAUUGGAAACAAGUUACUAUAAUGAAAAUUGUAAAGAAUACAUAUAAAUAUAGUUCAAACAGUGAAUAGAUAAAGCAUUUUCACUUUAUUUUGGUUACAAAAGUUUACUUUCUGUGUCUCAUAGUCUCUCAGGAAAAGUUCUCGUCAUUGUUCUUCCACAGAAAAUGCUUCCUGUGUCCUGUUCCAUACUCGACCAUGUUGCCUUCCUUACCUCCAUUGAUCCACGUUUGAAGCAGUGGAUUUCUUAAAAAUAAUCAUACCAAUGGUAUGCCUUUAGAAAAAUAAUUUUAUUGCUUUAAAGUUUACAUAAAACAUUCCAGUUCCUAUCUAUACUUUUUCUGUGAAUCUUAGCAGCACUCAUAUUUGUACAACAUAAUAGAUAUCACAUAGAACAGUUUUGCAUUUUUAGUUCUCAUACUGGAUACACUUUUUGCUUGCUCUUGCUUUCCAAAGUUUCAGGGUUUGAGAAUCAAUCUGCUUUUGCAAUUCAGUUUCUUUUUUAUGUAUAAGAAAUAAUAUUCUCCUUCAUGGUGGUUGUUGUAGCAGUGUCUCCAUAGAGCUCCAUAAAUAUUUUUUACAAGGCUUAGGAGAAAAGGCUGUCAAAUUAAACUGAAUGGUGGCAAUAGAGCUAACUUAAUUCAAAGUAUAUUAUUACCAAUUCUGCAUACAUGAAAUAUAUGCUUUCUAAAUCCAUAAUAUUAAAAAUUUGUGAAGAGAUAUUAAAAUAUUGUUACCAGAUAGUAAAAUAAAUUAAUGUAAUCUGAACUACUUAGAAGUGGCAGUAUAUAAAAACUCCUAAAAAUAAAACCAUUUCACCAGCAAUUUAACUUUUACAAUAUUACUCUUACUUAGAGAUUUUAAUUACUUGUUAUAUUUACUAUGAGAAUAUUUAGUUUCAAGGGAAAAACUGCCUGGCUUCCAUCUAACGCGCUAGUCUUUUCUACCAUAGUUAAUUUUUAAUGAGUAUUCAUGUGUUACUUUGUUCCCUACAUUUAACAUGUAUAUAAUUCAUGAGAAAGUUAUUCACUGGAGAAAAGUAAGGGAAUGCAUUUCUUUUACAAAUAAAAUUGAGUGUCUAAAAUUUUUUAUUAUGAAUAUUUUUUACACUUAAUAGUUUUUUAAAUAAGAUCUAUAAAUAGAUAUUUACGUAUGUCUUAGAAUGAAACAGCCUUCUGGGCCUGACUCCUGUGUUUUGUAUGUUUAAAAACUAAAAUAUGCUUGAAGCAAUUUACUGAGAAGCUGUUAUAAAAAAAAAUUCAGAGAUGCAUGGCUAAAUACCUAGGAGUAUUAUUAAAUUUUUGCAAAUAUGUAGUCUUUAUUACUGUAACACAGACUGCGAUGAUACUAAAUAUUGACUGUUGAUAAAAUACUAACUUGCAUUUCAUGGCAGAUAGAGUAUAUUGCUUGAUUAGUAUGUUUCUAAUAUUUUGUGAUUUCAUACAUCAAGGGAGAUAAAUAUGUGAAAAUAUUUUGAAAUAUUGUAAAGUGAUAUUUACUUUUAAGCUAUAUUUCUGUAAAUAGAGAAGAAAGUUUAUAGUAUUAACAGUAUUGUGCCAGUAUAUAUUUCCAUGCUCAAUCUCCUAAGAAGCAACAAAAAAAGGUAGUGAUAGAAGUAAAAGUAUGUUUGUUCUCACUAAAUCCAGUUGUCAAUUCAAAAAUUACAUUAGAUAGUUUGAUUUUGAUUUUAGGUUUUGAGACUGUUUUUUUCCCAUCUUCUAUGAGAAACCGAAACCUACAACUCAGGAGUUAGCAGAGAAGUUCUAAGAGUUUUUGCUCAGCAUUAAAAAUAUAAACAUAUGAAAAUGCUGUCGCCCCUGCUAUAGUCAUUAUAGUUCAUAUUUUUUUCAUUUGAAGUUAUCCAUUCAGCUUUUGGAACUUUCAUGUUUUAAUCUAAAUGAAAGUGUGACUUAGGAAAAAGGGAAAAUAGUAGCAUAGUGUUACAUCUGAGUUAAUCUUUAUAAAAUUAUUCUGGUAAAUAUCCAUAUCAAAUGGUCAAAAUUUGUUUAACUAAUAGAAUAUUUAGUUAUUGUUUCAGUGUCAUUUACCACAUUGUUUUUGAGUUGUGGUUGAGCUGCAUUGGGUCACUGAAUCAAGCAAUUUAAAACUGUAAUUGAGUCUCCUAUUAUUGUCUAUGCUGAGAAAAUAUUCUUGACCUUGAUUAACAGUAAUUGCAUCUACACAUCUUUGAUGUCUGAGUUUAAGGGGAGGGUAUCUUAUCACAAUGUUUUUUUUUUUUAAGAUUUUCAUUUUACGCCACUCAUAGAAGUCCCUUUCUCACUUGAGAAUGUCAAAUAGAAAGUGGACUGAAAUUAGAUGUGCUACAGUCAUUUCAAAUGUAGGUGCAGUUGUAGAGCAAGGUGGCCAGGGUCAAUGAAGAUAUAAAAAAUGAGGAGUGCGUUACCACUGACUUCUUUCAAGUCUGUGUUCUGUACUGCGGACUUCAGGAACAGGCUGGUGUGGAUAAUGCUAGGGGGACUGUGUGUGCCGACUGGUUGCCGCCUGUUCAACCCACUCAGCACACUGUGUUCACAAACUGCAUUUUUAAAAAACCCGUAUUUGUGAAAUUAAAGUGUAGAUUGAAUGCUUGGGGAUUUACAGAUGUGCCUUACUGAAAGGAAAUAGUUUUUAUUCACAAGUUACACUUUUUACUCCAUUGUGAAAUCUUGUCACAGAUAACCAGUUUUUUCAAUGACUUUUAUUUUGGUGCUUUAUCAUUUUGAAGAAAUUUCCAUUUGAGGUGUUAGCAUCGGUUCAUAAAAUGUACUCAGCCACAUUAUUCAACAGUGUGUUAUAGUUGACCAAAAAGGAUUAGAGUAAGAAAGAUUAACCUAUGUUAUUUAUUGAGUUUGUGAUUUUUCUUUGUUUUUCUAUAGCUUGUAAUUUUAAUUUUAAAUAUUCCUUAGUUACUAAAAAUAAUACCUAUCUGUGGUUGCUUCUUGUGCUUAGGUUUAGGUGAAUGUAAAAAAUGAAACUAUGUUAGAGAAAUUAUUAAAAGUUUAAUUCCCAUGAAUGUUUGAAGGAAUCUGAAGUUAAACACUUUUAUGUCAUAAUCUUCAGAAACUUUGAAAAAGCACUGUUCUUGCUAUUUCCUACAUCAAGUAGGGUCAUUUAUCAUUUGCUUUGUUUUCAUUCUUUUGUUUCGGUUAUUUGCAGAAAAUUGUUAACAUGUUUGCUUUCUUGAAUUAAAGUUUUCAUGUGACAGAUAUUAUACUGUGCUUUGCAUAAUGGCCUAAAUGUCAGACUGAAAUAGAUUGUGGAAAGUGGGAGAAACUAAGCAUUUUGAGCCCUUUGAGCAUCCAGGGGAGGCAGAGCCAGCCCUGGGCUGACCACUGGCAUGGCUGGGUCUUCUGAGCCCCCCCAGAUACUGAGGGUGUCAUCUGGAGAAUGUGGGCCACCUUGGACUCCAUAUCAAAUUUUAAUGAACAUCAAUUUUUACAGAAUAUCUAUUGUAAUUUAUUUGCUAUAUCAUUUUUAUAGUUCUGAAAAGUGUACUAUGUCAGUCAUAGGUAUGUUUUUGUAACUGCCUAGGGAAUCAUUGAAAUACCACUCUCCCCACAUCCCAAUUCUCUAACCAAAAUUAUUUGGUUUCUUUAAUUGAUGUAUAUAAAAUAUUUUUGCAAAAUUAUGUGAAGAAGAAAAAUUAGUUUAUGCUAAAGAAUUUUUUCUGAAUCAGCAAAUAUGGAAAAUAUUUGCUUUUAUCUUAAAAUUAUAAAUAAGUCUUUGAUUGGUUAUGUAGUAUAUGUUGCUCCAAAAAGUUCUGUACUCAUUGGUUAAAUGAGCAUGGCUUCAAAGUGAAAAUAUUUAGUUUUUUGUGAAGAAAAUAUAAAUAAAAAUUAGGAAUGGUAACAAGCUAUAGAAAUAAAGUCAUAAUUAAUGCUAAGUUUGUGCAGGUGUCAGAAUCAUUGGAAGGAAGUGAGAAAUGAUCCAGAAAAGCUGCCUGUUGGGGAUGUAUUAUGGUUUAGUUCUACACUACAAACCUGUGCCAGGAUCAGGACUCUGGAAACAAGACCAUUAGUAUUUCCAGCUGAGCAUUGAAUUCUGUCUACUCCAUUAAAAACCUUCCAGUGGACUGAUAUGUAUAAUCAAGUGAGUAGAUAGCAAGUUUAAUUCCUCCGUGUAAACCAACAGUGGGUGGUCUUUACUAACAACAAGUUAAGUUGAGGGAUUAGCUGCAGUUUAGAGAAGGAUGCAGUGACAGGUGGUUUGGGAGGGAAGCAGCUGUCUCCCAAACCUGCCAGAGUGGACAAUGUCUUUGUUGUAUGAACAAAUAAAGGCCUGGUGUUUGAUCCUUCGAUGAGUAUCUGUUUUUCCUUUGAAAGAAAGGGCUUUGACUGUUGUAUCCUAACUUCAAAUUUUGUUCCUUUU